CGCUCUGCCAUGAAGAUCACGCUCUCGACGCUUCUCGCGCUUGCCGCAAUGACGAUGGCCGCCGACUCGGUGCCUGCUGCCAAGGAUAAGCCUGCUGAAAGCACGCUUCCAAAGAACGCAGCACCGAUGCCCCGUGACAUGGAAAUGGACUACGAAGACUACCGCGGACAAGGAUAUCCCGACACGAUGGACGAGCACUGGCACGGUGGUGGCGGUCAUUGGCAUGGCGGUGGCGGUGGUGGUCACUGGCACGGCGGUGGCGGCCAUUGGCAUGGUGGUGGUGGCGGUGGCCACUGGCAUGGUCGUGGCGGCCACUGGCACGGUGGGUGGUAGCGCGCCGUACCGACUGGAUGACUAGCUAUGAUGAAUACAAGUCGAUGGGAUUCCACA